CAUAUUUUUGAUAAUAGCUUUACAAUAUUUCAAUUUUGUGCGAAAUGGAGUCACGGAAAAGGAUUAAACUAAGCGACAACCAGGCAGCUAGUCUUGAAAGAUUUUAUAGUCAGGGAAUGGUGGGCACUGGCUUAAAUUGUCGCGAGAUGGUCGAUCGUGCUGUGGCCGAAACCUGUCUGACUACAGCGCAAGUGAAGAAGUGGAUUGGAAAUAGAAAACGGAAAAGACCGGUAUACAUCGAAGUUGAUUCCACUCCAGACGAAGAUUCACAGUUGCUAAAGAGAGCAACAUCAAUUCGAGGACCGAAUCCUUACGAUGUAUUUUGCUCUGAUUUUCUUAAAAGCGAGCAAUGCAUAGAUUUGGAAUGUGAAGAAAAUAAUAAGUUAGCUUCAGAAGUAUGGAAGGGAAUUGAAGAAGAUGAGAAAAGGAAGUUUAAAAGUUCUGCUGAUGCUAUUAAGAAUGUAAACAUACAAUCCUUAUCGGAUGAACAAAAGGGAAAAUUUAUAUCACAACACAAAAAGAAGCUUAUGCAGGAGAUUUUAAAACUGGAAGAAUUGGGUUGUGUUGUCACAACAAUAUUACGAGACAAUGUGGGAAAAAUUUUUGAGCUUGGGUCACAAAGUGGAAAUAUGUUUCUGGCUUCACAUCCUGAUGUUGUAGUGAAAUUUCGUGAUUGUUUUUUGAAUGACUCACAUGAAUAUUGUGUUCAUCAUGUUCAGAAUUUAUUCAAUCAAAAAUAUAGUAUUGCUGUAGGGAAGCCAAGCAGGGUUCCCUAUUUAAAGGGUGGUUUUGUGGUAGAAGGUCUGCCUGAUGGAGUACCAUUCAAGAAACCAUAUCAUUAUGGAGCACUUCAGUGUAAGAAGAUCAUGACUGCAGCAAAAGAUGUAAAGUUCAUUUUAACCAGUCAAACUGAAACCUGCCGUGCUGAAACAUCUGUCCACAACCCAAAAGAAACAAGCAGUAAGGAAGAAAUAUGUCGCUUGUUAAGCUGUAUAGCUGGCACACAAGUUGCAGAAGAUGCCAUCGGCAGGGCUGAGAAGAAGAUAAAGAAAGAAGAUGUGAAAGUUCAGAACUUCGUCUUGACUGAAGCAGAGAGAGCCUUGCUUUACUCCAGCUGUGAAGAUUUUUUCCAAGAAGAUGCCUGGUUAGCGGUUGGGCGAAACAUUAAACAUUGCUGUGAAGUAAAAAAUAUGAUUUUGCCAAUAUAUACAGAAGCAAAUGAAAGAUUCUGGCUUUUUCAUACCAUUGCAAAACCAUCGUUUAUUCAGACGUGCGGACCUGUUACAAAACUAAAGGGAUACUGGAUGGAUCUCAAACCGAGUGGAGAAUAUAGUAUGCUUUCAGAGCAAAUAUGUUUAUUUGGGAAAAACAUUGUUCAUACACUGCAUGGCCCUCUCUACUUCAUUGCUGAUGACAAUCUUCUUCAGGCGAAGGUUUACAAACCAUCAAUUGAUUGUCGGAAAGCUAUAAUCAAUGCACUUGAACUACUUAGGUAGUUACAUACACAGAAUAAUAAUGCUGUUUCCACUUUUCACACACUGUUUUUGACAACUGAAUAGUGUAUAUAUUUAUAAAGUAACAUAAAUAUUAUAACGCGUGUUGUUAAUGGUCGAAGCCCGUACUUGGUCUUGGAUCAGUUCAUCCAAUCACGGAAAUUUAGCUAAUUCCCUUUUUGAAAUAAAACUUGGA